CACUUUUUGUCUCCUCCAACCCUCUUAGCUAUAAAUACUCAUCUAAUCACUUAUCAUUUCUUAUAUUUGGCACCAAAGUUUAUCACCUUGUUUGUGCUUCCUCACUAAUUUACUUUUUCAUAGAUUUUGUUUGAGAAGAAAGAAAAUGUUGGCAAUUUUCAAGAAAAGUGUGGUUGAUCCACCAAUGGAGCUGCAGAGCCCAGCCUCUUUGCAAUCAUCAAACAAGGCUGUUUCCCCUGAAGAGACUAUGAAGAAUUUCUUAGCUUCAAAUUCCAACAAUGGGUUUUCCAUUGGAUUCAUGGACAAGGCAUUCUUGGCCUAUUCCAAACCUCCAUCCUCAUCAAAUGCUCAACAAAGGUUGUUCUGUGGGUUGAAUGACAUAUACUGCAUUUUCUUGGGAAGCUUGAACAACUUAUGGGCACUAAACAAGCAGUAUGGUCUGCCAAAGGGUACCAAUGAGGCCAUGCUUGUGAGUGAAGCAUAUCGUACCCUUCGUGACAGAGGUCCAUUCCCAGCUCAUGAGGUUCUCAAGGGACUUGAGGGUAGCUAUGGCUUUGUGAUCUAUGAUCACAAGGCUGGUAAUGUCUUUGUUGCCCUUGGUGCUGAUGAAACUGCAAAGAUAUUCUGGGGAAUAGCAUCUGAUGGAUCUGUCAUGAUCUCUGAUAAUGUGGAUCAUAUCAAAGGAAGCUGUCUCAAAUCAUUUGCUCCCUUCCCAACCGGGUGCAUGUACCACAGUGAAAGUGGAUUGAAGAGCUUUGAGCAUCCAAGUUUCAAGAUGAAAGCAAUGCCAAGAGUGGAUAGUGAAGGAGCCAUGUGUGGAGCUUGCUUCAAAGUUGAUGUCUACUCCAAGGUGAAUAGCAUGCCAAGAGUUGGAAGUUCUGCCAACUGGGCUAAUUGGGGCCAGCAGGCUUAGGUUCAUUUGGACCUCAUUUUAACUAACUACAAUAUAAAGAAGAAAAGAAAAAACUUACAAAGGAGGACGCAGAGAAAGCUGAGCAGGUCAUCUCAUCUUUGUCACCAGAUGAGUUGGAAAGAAUGGUGAGAUGGGCAGCAAGGAUUCAAACAGGAAUACAAGUUCUCAAGAUUACCAAAGAUUUUGUCAUGGCAAAUCCUGGCAUGAGCUUGGCACUUUUUGUGCCCAUUUUUGCAGUCUUCCUUCACCUGUUUGGCUACAUCUGAGCUUUUUCUGUUCUUUUAUAUUUUCUUGUCAUGUUAGGAAAAUUCAUACAUUUUUUCUUAUAAGUUAAUAAAAUUCUAUACAGAACAGCACUAAACAGUGCUGGAUAUGUACAAUAUAGCAUUACAAGAAACUCAUACUCCUUAAUUAUUCUUGCUAGGACUUAAAGAGAUCUAUUUAGCAUCAUAAACAAUAUACUUUCUACACCAAAAAGUUAAGCUGUGAUCAUGUCUAGAUCUCUUUUGAUUUGUUACCUUUUGAUAGAAAUUGGUAUCUGAAACUUGCUAGCCUGACUUAUCUGGAUUCGUGCUGGUAGGCCUACUAAGAGAGUGAAGUGCUCCCUCUAAGAAAUCCUCCAUUCCUUGUACUGAACUACCAAGUGCUUUCAUUCCUAGACACAAUGAUAGCGACUCGGUAGUCUUACAAAAGAUCCAGUUCAAGAUAAAAAACCUUUCAUAUAUGUAUUGCAACUUAAUGUAGCAGAAAUAGAUAAACUUUUAUAAUCUGCAUUUUCAAAUGUGCAUCAAUAUCUUAAACUAACAUAUCUUUUACAUCCCAAGUGUUUCAUGAAAAUCUCACCCCCAUUUGACUUAAAGAACUGCUGGUUCCACUAUGACUACUGAAAGUUUGUUGCAUAUCUUAUUUCAUUUCUCAUAAUCCUAAUGUUGAACAAACUUUCAGGUAUAGUAUUCUUGGUUCUAUUUUAAAACCUCGUAAUCUUGAAUCACUUAGAUGGUGGUUUCAGGUGAACGAGAAAGGAAGACAAGAAAUCACAACAGCUAGACCAACCAAAUGUUCAUGCUCUAUGUUUUUUUGAGUAUGUCACCAUUUGUAUGUGUGUAAGUGUGGGGGAUGCGUGCUGCAAAAUAGGAACUCAUUUGUUAUCAAUGAAUGUCGAAUAAGUAAGACUUAAAAUGGUUCAACAAAUAUAGGCCUAUGCCCAUUCCCAAUAGUUUUCAAGCCACUCUUGUAUUUUAAUUGUGUCAGAGUUUUGUGAAUCUGUACGAUGAUUCGAUUAUUUGCCAUUUACUGCUGUUGUUCUUGGUGAACUCUUCUUUAAAAAUCAUUAGCUGAUAAUCCACAUAUCCAUACAGCUCAAGAAGCUUCAAAGUAGGUAUAUCAUCAGUCUAAAUACUUCUCAAGCAAGCUCUUCUAACUCUUUUGGUGACAGAUCCAGAAGCUGAGGUUGGGUCUGAGCUUCUAGCACGAGGGAAAAAUUAGUCUGAAUAGAGCAUACUGCCUUGCAGAGCUGAGCAACAAAGUGGGGCACUUGAAUCUCAUCUUCUGUCGCUGCUCUUGUGUUAAAGAAAUGAACACCAUUUCCAAUGGUGUUUAGGGGCAAUGAUGGGUGUAAAUUCAUUAGAUGGCACGAUAGAGAUGGUAUGAAUAUGCCUGAAUUAUUUGCCUUGGACGCUGCCCUUCCACAUUCAUGUAUAAGUGCUGUGGCAACUUCAAAUCGAGUUGGAUUCUGCACUCCUAGAUUCAUUGAAACUGUAUCCUUGAGUCUGCCUAAACUAGAGGAUGAGAAACUGUACAUUUUUGACACACAUGGUUGAUGCUGAUCACAUAGAACAUCAGGCACAGCAUACCGGAGGAUCAUCCAUUAGUAGGAAGAAAGAAUUCACAUCAAACUGGGAGAUGGUUUGAAAUCAGUCUCUCGAGUUAUAGCAGCACAAUCAUUGAGGAACUUAGAGAUACACAUGCAUCAACAAUCUUAUGUGAUAUGCAUAACUGACUGCUAUGCCACCAUAAUCGAAAUGGCUUAAUUGGACCACUAGUGGCCUUCUGUCGUUGAAUGAACUAGGAGUCCUCCAAGGCAAGUCUUGUGAGUACACUGAAUCUGUAGCAUGGUUGAGAAUUUCAGACAUUGGACAACUGACUCGGACAUUUAGAUACUCAACACCAAUGUCAUUGCAAUCAACAUAGAAGCUUUUAUCAUCCAUGAUUAAUCUUCCGGCAAAGGGAUAAUAUGAGGCCAAUACUUUUGAAAGGGAGUAUUCAAGAAUCUGGCUGUACAUUGUUUGCUGCAGGUUUAGCGUGUGAUCGCUGAGAGAGAAGAUUGUGACGUAUACGUGAAGCAGGGGAAUGUUCUUUUGUGAAAUAAUCAUUGAUAACACCAUUACUGUGAGCACAGGUCAGGUCCUUCAAAAGUACUAGUUUGCAAGUCUUAAGGUUUAAAUUCCUGCAAUAUAAUGUAGAAGGAAGAUAGUAAUGGUUGAAGAACAGUAAAAAUAAUUAUAUUACAUGACUUGUAUGUUCUACGCGUUCUUUCUUUGUAAUAGUAAUUGUUAAACAGGUCAAGAUGAGUAUGUUUGAAUUAAUAUAAUCAAUUAUUGUACAA